UCGGUUGCGUAUUAUUAGGCAACCCUAACUACGUCAGCAACAGCAAGUAGUAGUAAAAAAGUAACAAUAUAAAUAAAUAAAUAAAGAUGGCGGAUUGCGUCUUCCGUACAGUGCUCCGUGGUACAAUGUGCUUUUAUGAAGAUUUCAAAUAGCCUGAGUGGUUCAAACAUUGUGAUUACUGUGCGAUUAUUCAUCUUUUUAUAUAUUUUUUUUACUUUUUACUGAGUAAGUGUAUUUUUUUUAUCGCAAAUGGACGGAAAUAACAUCGCUAUAAAAGAUGGCGAUUCGACGCGACCUGCUGACGUUGAAGCGCCAUCUGCUGUAGAAGUUCCAAAACCGCAAUUUGAAGGACUUGUCAGAAAGAAAAGGAGGCGCGGGAAGUCUAAACGAAAAAUAAUGAAACCAUUUUCUAAAAUACCGUGGCAGGAUCGGAGGAAAAAUGAGAAAUCUAACAGAAAUAACAGGUUCCGGAAGAUUGUGUUGUCAAAAACUCAAGCACCGUUUAAUAACAAUCAAUUUCUAAUGGAGAUACAUAAACCAGAACCUGAAAAUUCAUAUAUUUUACGCACACCAUCAGCACGAACCCGUGAUUCAAGCUUCAGCGUAGACUCAGAAGAUAACUAUUUCUUUUCGCUACCCGAAGACGAAGAGGAAUAUUUAACGAAGGAGUUUUCAAGUGUUUAUGAAGAUGCGCAAAGUGAACGUUUGUCAAAUAUGUCAAAGAAUGACCUUAUUCAAGAAUAUCUUCUAUUGGAAGCAAAAUAUGAGAAUCUCGUUAAAAGGACGGAACGUUCUAAAACGAAAUGUGUUGAGGAAGACAAUGACAUCACAGCCACUGAUAAAGAUGCUUCCUUCACUGAUAGGGACAGCAUGUUGACAGACAGAGACACUUCAGGCACCUCCAUUGGGUCUAGUGCAGUGGACGACCAGUCGUUUAGUGAAUUAAUGCAGCGUGUGAAAGAACAAGAAGAACAGAUACAAUCACUUCAGAUGGACAAUGAAAAGUUGAGGCUUGAAAAUGAACAUUUAAGACAGCAUUCACAGGACUCAUCAAGUGCAGAUUCUGAAAGUGACAGUUCAUCUUCAUCAGAUAGUGACAGCAGCUCCAGCAGAAGUGCAAGUCCUGUAGCAGAGCCAGUGGCUCUGGACUACAUUGUUGAAAACAACAUAAAUAAUGAAAAUUGUGUUCAUGUAAAUGGCCAAAAUGAAGAGACUGAGGGUUCAGGGGCCACAUACCCAAUGGUUAAUGGCUGUCAUGAUUCAAAUGAUUAAAUCAGUAUAAUUAUAUGUAAAGUAGUAAUUGUUAAGUUCUGUAAAAAUGUUGGGACAGUAUUUAUCUCUAUCCUGCUUAUUCCUAAUUUAUGCUGACUUUGUUUUGUGUUUAGAGUGAAUGAUUUCUAUAUGACAUGCAUUUAGUGACCUGCUUGAUAAACUAGCACCAUCCUGUACAAGUACCCAACAUUGUUUCCUGUAAGACACUGUGGGAAUGUAAAUGUGAGAUCUCAUUUUAGAUUUAGUGAAAUUAUUCUGUGAUGUCCUUGUGGAUAUUUUAUCAGUAGUAAAUAAUGUAAUAAAUUGUUUUUAUUUGCAAAAAGAUCUCACUUUUAUGUUUAUACAGUGGGACAUAAUAAUAAAUAAGGUUGUAGUUUUAAGGAAAAAUGUUGUAGUGAGUAAUCAUUUAUUUUGUACAAUUAUAUAUUCUUAUAUUUUAUGGUUGCUGUUGGACUUGUUAAGGGUGUUAAUUUUCUGUGUUUUAAACCAAAAUGAACGCGUCUAGUACUUUGUAGAGUUAGAUAUUAGUUUUAUAUUAUUUCUAAAGCCUAAACUUAUAUAUUUUUAUUAUUUUAACAGGAAUUGUAAUGAUUUUCUGCUAUGCCAUUAAAUACAGUAAUAAGUCAAAUGUU